AUGUAUAAAGUUUAUCAAUAUCAAAUGGUUUUAAUGCAUGCAAUUUUCAUAAUUGUUGGAGGUUGGGCUUACUAUACGUGGUUUAAAGAAAUAAGAGAAGAAUUAAGAUGGAUGAUGAAUAUUUUAUUACUAAUCAACAUUUUGGAAAUUGGAAAUAUUUUAUAUAGGUUAAUCGUAUGGUGCCCUGACGAUUUAUUGAAUUCCAAUGAAUUUGGUAGAUGCAAGUUUAAAAAUAGAAUUAAAUAUGUCACUGAUUAUACGACCAUAUUCAUAAUUGUGAAAUAUGUUGAAAUUCCACCAGAAUAUAAUUAUAAUGACGAUAUUCCAAUAAGAAGCAAAGGUGUUAUUGGACGCGUAUAA